CACUCGGUACACUGCUCUGCUUCCACUUCAAUGGCGUCCUUCGUGGCCUCUCCUCCUCCAUUCGCUCGCCUCUCUUCUGCUUCGUCUUCUCAUCGCCUGAUUUCAGAUUUUCAGAAAUGGAACGUUGAAGUUUUCAGGAUAUGGAAUCUCAAAGCGUUUCCAUUAACUUCUAUGAACGUCAAAAGGAGGAGAACUUUAAUAUAUGCAGUCAAUCAAGAUGCUGAGGAAGCAUUCAAGAAGACUGUAGAAGUAGAUAGGCUCAUAGAUGCCUUACGGAAUGCAAGUUCACAUGAGCUUCAGAAACUUGUCCUUCAAAAUGUCCUUGCUUUCAAUGAGGGUUUCUGGAUUCGAUUAGCAGCAAGAACUGAUACAUGCAAAUCAGAGGAUGAUAAAAGAGAUUACGAGGAAUUGGCUGUCUCAGUAAUGAGUAUAGUGGAUCACCUUGUUCACAAAACUAAGGAAAAAAUAGAAUCAGCUACUGAUAUUCUCAAGGAGAUUCUAAAACCUGUAGUUGACGAAGUGGAAGAGAUAACUUGGCCCCCCAGGGAUCCUGAGGCUCUUAAGCUAAUGGAAAAGGAAAUAAUCCAUCGGGAGCAAGAAGGGCAACUAGAUGAAGGUUUCCUCGCUGAAGUUAGUGCACAACUACGCCAAGCAAAAGAAGAUGGAGACAAGCCAGGGCUAGAGGCUAUGUUACAAAAGGUUUUGCAACUCUAUGCAUCGAGAGUUCUUUCUAAGAGAAGUUAUGCAAAGAAAGGAGAGGAAGUCUUGAAAGCCGAACUGUUUUUAGAAACCAUAAUCAAAGCUCCUGAAGAAGAGUGGAACAAGCUUUUGAUUAAUGGAAUGACGAUCGGGAAUGGUGACGUUUUACCAGAUGAACUGGAUGGCGUCAUUAAGAAACGAAUCGAGCGGACUCUAAUACGAACAGAGGGAGGAUCUUACCAGCAGCGCAUUCUCACCGAGUAUCUAAAAGGAAUCCAAUCAAGAUCAGACGAGAUAGUCCAGUUGCUUCAGGGCAAGACGCAGUAGCUCGAGUUCGAGUUUGCUGUUGUAACAAAAGCAACCAUGAAAGUUCUCCAUCUACACUCUAAACCUGAACAAUUAAAAUGAAUCAUGCAAGCUGCAGCACUCAAAAAGGUACGAUCAUUGUGUUGUUCUUGUCCUCAUUCUUUGUCGUUAAUUUUUAUAGCCUAUUACUUUCAUUUAUGUUGUUAUUAUGUUGUUAUAAAAUGGAAGAUACUCAACUAACUUUCUAAUAGUUUUUCCAUAUCAUAAACAAGAAAUGAAUCUUCCCUCCUACCCUCCUACCACGACUAUGUGGGUUGUAAGGUUACAUAUUUUGAAGAGUACAUUUCUAUUUAAAUAUUUUUAGGUA